AUGAUUUUUGCCCAGCCGUGUGAAGAGUACAACUAUUUCGCAGCUAUCAUGAAACGCCCAGGCUUUCGUCACCUUCACCUAUCCUUCCUGGUUGGAUACAACGGGGUCUAUGACUAUGAAGGUUUCACCAGCGAAUGCUUCUCCAAGGCUAUCAGCUUGGCGAAGGAACUGACUCACAUCCAUUUGACAGUGGCAUUGGACGAUUCAAAUGGGGAUCCAGUUAUUCCUUUGAAAGACAUCCUCCCUGUCCAACAAUGGCCAAAUCUCUAUCAUUUUGGUCUUUCUAAUUUUAGCGUCAACACGUCAGACUUAAUUGAUCUGCUUAAUUCGGCGUCAUCUUCACUACGCUCUGUUGAGCUAGGAUCCUUUGGGUUUCCUAACGAUAAAGGAUUAUGGUCUGGGCUGUUGGAGCGGAUGCGGGAUGAGCUUGAUUGGACUAAGCGCGAUAGAUCACUAAGACCGGCCGUGAGAAUCACUAUGGAGAUUGAUCAGAUGCAACCUGGGAGAUUCGCCCUUCUCGCAGAUGAGGUAACGAACUUUCUAUAUGACUUUGGUGAAAUUCCAACACGAUAUUCACUUAACUUCCCUAAGCUGGGAAUGGGUACUUUGCAUGAUAUUUUCGAGCCAGAAUAUACCCGACCACACGUCAUUAUGCAGGAGCUUCAGAAAUUAGGAAUUUCUAAACCUUGGUAA